AGGUAAGCCGGAUGCUCCCCGGUGGUUUCCUGCUGGUUGGGGUGUUUGUGAUAUCACCUCCAGAAGUCUCCAAGGAGGCUCCAAAUAUUUUAAGAAAGCUCAUCUUCGCAACAGAAAAGUGUGCAAUGAAGAACAAGUUGUGGAAUCUUACGGAUGAGGACAUCACUGACCGCGUAGCAUUGCAAAUCUGCUCCUCUACAAACAAGAUUGUGUGCCGGACGUUCGAUGUGAAGGACCCCAAGAGUACAGCUAAGCCAGCGGACUGGAAAUAUCAGAGCGUGCCUCCAUCUUGGCUCACCGUAGAAUGUAACAUGGAAGUAGAUCUCACAGUGUCAUUGCCUUCAUCCGCAACGUACCAAGAGCAGCAGAAAUGUAUCCGGACUAGCCUGGCUCGGUGGGCGAAGGACAUAGAAGAUUGUACAAUACUCCUCAAUGGACAGCUGAGAGACAAAGAUGGCGACCUGGUGGAGGAACAGAAAAAAGGUCGAUCUGUACCAUCCGGCCGUCAGAUUGUUUCUGCGACUAUUCUCAAGCCCUCAAACAUUUCGGAGCGCUCCACGGCUCGUGUUCAGGUUUCCAAUUCUUCUCUGAAACUUCAAGGCGUUGUGAAGUGCAGAGGGUACGUCUGCCACAGCAAGCCCAAGGUGAAGGAUGCUAUUCAGGUCAUAAAACGAGAUCUCCUGAAUACGAUAUCUGACCGAUGUGAUAUAAUGUUCGAGGAUCUCCUGGUGAAUCGAUCCGAACGCGGCUCCGGGAAGUCGCCGCGUCCGCUUCCCCUCCCCCAGCGGGUGUUUAUCCCCGCCCCGGCGCGGUGCUGUGCGAUUACAUCAUUGGAGAGGAGAGCAGAGAAGAGGUGCGGCAGAGGAUCCUGGAGAUGUUGGAUCAGGAAGUGAAUUAUGAAGACUUGGAUUUCGUGGAGGAGAAGGCGACUUGGCCCGCUAAAAGAAGGAGAAACUCUUUGUAAAACAAGGAACCCAUCACGUGAUCAGAAGAGUCCAAUGAGAAAAGAUCUCCCGUCAUCAUAUUUCUCUCCAAGCAUAGGGAUUGUAAUCGCAACGUUUGUUGUGCUCCUCGCAAUGCUGGUGUAUUUACUAAAAAUGA